GCGCGGCCAGGCUCCCUGUGCGGAGCAGUUUUCUGCAACUCUCCACCUCCUCCUCCCUGGGCCCAGCGCAGCCGGGAGACCCUGUCCACAUCUGCGGAAGAAAGGAGUGUCAUGAAAAAGGAACAGAAAAGAACCGUCCCUCUUGGUGAAUCGGGAGUUUUCUCUCCCAGUUGGUGGCUACUUCAUGAUUGGAAAAAAAGUACCUAGGUGGCUGAAGAGAUUAGAUUCUUGUAGUUGUACAGAUGAAGCUGAUAAAAGAAGACAUGAAAAUGCUUUCUCUGGGUCGUAAUGGGUGAUGAGUAAGUAAGCCUGAACAAGACAGAUUUGGAAUGAGGGCAGAAAUUUUGAUUUUUUAUAGCCAAGUAGGACUUUGAACACUUGUUGAGGAUGUUCUUUUCCCAAAAAUGGAAGAAGAAAAAAUUUUCAAAGCAAAAGUGUAAAAAGUGGAAGGAGAUAACAACCAAGUCGACUUCAAGAAUUUCAGUACAUCAUGAGCUCCUUUGGGCAAACUGGCACAAGCAUCGUACAUGUGGGUGACUUUUAUAACUAGAGAUGGUUUCCUACCCUAGGAACAACUUUUUAAUUCAGAUUCUGGAGUGUUUACUCUUUUUCUUUUCUUUUUUUUUUUUUUUAAUACUGUGUGUUUUGACUCUUCAUGUUAGAUAGAUUUGUGUAAAUGAAGUAAAUCCUGAAUUUCUAGUAUGUUUGACUAUACCACUGUUUGCUAUGUGAUACAGAAACAUUAUACAGGUUUUAACAUUCCUUGAAGUUUUAUUGGAAGCAGAUCUGUGUCAGGGACACAGACAGUAUAAGUUUUCUCUUUUUGGCAACUCAGCUUGCUUUGAAUGAACCGAGCGUCAGCUGGAUUUCACAGUACAUAUGAUUUAUAGUCUUUGUGUUAAAGGCCUUAAAUGUAUGUUUUAUUCCAGGCAGAGGGAAAUACAUUGAGCACUGUUUUUGACAUGUAUGCCUAAGGAAGGAGCUCCCCGAUGGAUCAUGGCGUUAAUGUUUACAGGACAUUUCUUGUUUUUAGCAUUAGUGAUGUUUGCUUUCUCUACUUUUGAGGAAUCUGUGAGCAAUUACUCUGACUGGGCAGUUUUCACAGAUGAUAUAGAUCAGUUUAAGACACAGAAAGUGCAAGAUUUCGAACCCCAUCAAAAGCUGAAAAAAAGUGUGCUUCAUCCAAGUUUGUAUUUCGAUGCUGGAGAAAUCCAGGCAAUGAGACAGAAGUCCCGUACAAGCCAUUUGCAUCUCUUUAGAGCUAUCAGAAGUGCAGUCACAGUUAUGCUGUCCAACCCCACAUACUACCUACCUCCACCCAAGCAUGCUGAUUUUGCUGCCAAGUGGAAUGAGAUUUAUGGUAACAAUCUGCCUCCUUUAGCAUUGUACUGUUUGUUAUGUCCGGAAGACAAAGUUGCCUUUGAGUUUGUCUUGGAAUAUAUGGACAGGAUGGUUGGCUACAAAGACUGGCUGGUUGAAAAUGCACCAGGGGAUGAGGUUCCCGUUGGCCAUUCCUUAACAGGUUUUGCCACUGCCUUUGACUUUUUGUAUAACCUACUGGAUGAUCAUCGAAGACAAAAGUACCUGGAAAAAAUAUGGGCUGUUACAGAGGAAAUGUAUGAGUAUUCCAAGGUCCGUUCAUGGGGCAAACAACUUCUCCAUAAUCACCAGGCUACUAACAUGAUAGCGUUACUCACUGGGGCUUUGGUGACUGGGGUAGAUAAAGGAUCUAAAGCAAACAUAUGGAAACAGGCUGUAGUAGAUGUGAUGGAAAAGACGAUGUUUCUGUUGAAUCACAUUGUCGAUGGUUCUUUGGAUGAAGGUGUAGCCUAUGGGAGCUACACGGCUAAAUCAGUCACACAGUAUGUUUUUCUAGCCCAGCGUCAUUUCAACAUCAACAACUUGGAUAACAACUGGUUAAAAAUGCACUUUUGGUUCUAUUAUGCCACCCUUUUACCAGGCUUCCAGAGAACUGUGGGUAUAGCAGAUUCCAAUUAUAAUUGGUUUUAUGGUCCAGAGAGCCAGUUAGUGUUUUUGGAUAAGUUUAUCUUAAAAAAUGGAGCUGGGAAUUGGUUAGCUCAGCAAAUUAGAAGGCACCGACCUAAAGAUGGCCCAAUGGUCCCCUCCACUGCCCAGAGGUGGAGUACUCUUCACACCGAGUUCAUCUGGUAUGAUCCUCAGCUCACCCCACAGCCUCCUGCUGAAUAUGGUACUGCAAAAAUGCACACAUUCCCUAACUGGGGUGUUGUCACCUAUGGGGCUGGGUUGCCAAAUACACAGACCAAUACCUUUGUGUCUUUUAAAUCUGGGAAGCUAGGGGGGCGAGCCGUGUAUGACAUCGUUCACUUUCAGCCGUACUCCUGGAUUGAUGGGUGGAGAAGCUUUAACCCAGGACACGAACAUCCAGAUCAGAACUCAUUUACUUUCGCCCCCAAUGGGCAAGUAUUUGUUUCUGAAGCUCUCUAUGGACCCAAACUGAGCCACCUUAACAAUGUACUGGUGUUUGCUCCGUCCCCCACAAGCCAGUGUAAUAAGCCCUGGGAAGGUCAGCUGGGAGAGUGUGCACAGUGGCUUAAGUGGACCAGUGAGGAGGCUGGGGAUGCGGCAGGGGAGAUCAUUACUGCCUCUCAACAUGGAGAAAUGAUAUUUGUGAGUGGGGAAGCAGUGUCUGCUUACUCUUCAGCAAUGAAGUUGAAAAGUGUGUAUCGUGCUUUGCUCCUCUUAAAUUCUCAAACUUUGCUAGUUGUCGAUCACGUUGAGAGGCAAGACAGUUCCCCAAUAAAAACUGUCAGUGCCUUCUUUCAUAAUCUGGACAUUGAUUUUAAGUACAUCCCGUAUAGGUUUCUGAACAGGUACAAUGGCGCCAUGAUGGACGUAUGGGACGCACACUACAGAAUGUUCUGGUUUGAUCAUCGUGGCAGGAGUCCCAUUGCUAGCAUACAGGAAGCCGAGCAAGCUGCUGAAUUUAAGAAACGGUGGACUCAGUUCGUUAAUGUCACAUUUCAGAUGGAAUCCACAAUCACAAGGAUUGCGUAUGUCUUUUAUGGACCGUAUGUCAAUGUUUCCAGCUGCAGAUUUAUUGAUAAUUCCAACUCUGGACUUCAGAUUUCUCUCAACGUCAAUAAUACUGAACAUGUUGUGUCCAUUGUAACUGACUACCAUAACUUGAAGACGAGAUUUGAUUACCUGGGUUUUGGUGGCUUUGCCAAUGUGGCUGAUGAGGGCCAAAUAACCCGAUUUGGUUUGGGCACUCAAGCAAUAGCAAAGCCCGUAAGACAGGAUAGGGUUAUUUUCCCCUUUGGAUUUAAAUUUAAUAUAGCAGUUGGGUUGAUUUUGUGCAUUAGCUUGGUGAUUUUGACCUUUCAGUGGCGGUUUUACCUUUCUUUUAGAAAGCUAAUGCGGUGGAUCUUAAUCCUUGUCAUUGCCUUGUGGUUUAUUGAGCUGCUGGAUGUGUGGAGCACUUGCACUCAGCCCCUCUGUGCGAAGUGGGCAAGGACGGAGGCCGAGGCAAGCUCGAAGUCUUCGUCUUCCCAGGAGCACCGCCUCCAUCUUCCUGAUGUUGUCAUUACCUCACUUCCUGGUUCAGGAGCUGAAAUUCUCAAACAACUUUUUUUCAACAGUAGUGAUUUUCUCUACAUCAGAGUUCCUACAACCUACAUUGAAAUUCCUGAAACUGAAUUCGAAAUCGAUUCAUUUGUAGAUGCCUGUGAAUGGAAGGCAUCAGAUAUCCACAGUGUGCAUUUCCGUUUACUCCGAGGCUGGUUGCAGUCCUUGGUUCAAGACACAAAACUGCAUUUACAAAAUAUCCAUCUGCAUGAACCCAGUAGGGGUAAACUGGCCCAAUAUUUUACAGCAAAUAAGGACAAAAAAAGAAAAUUGAAAAGGAGAGAAUCUUUGCCCGAACAAAGAAGUAGAAUGAAAGGCACCUUUGAUAGAGAUGCUGAAUACAUUAGGGCUUUGAGGAGACACCUGGUCUAUUACCCAAGCGCGCGUCCUGUGCUCAGCUUAAGCAGCGGGAGCUGGACGUUAAAGCUCCAUUUUUUUCAAGAAGUUUUAGGAGCUUCUAUGAGGGCAUUGUACAUAGUAAGGGACCCUCGGGCAUGGAUUUAUUCAAUGCUGUACAGUAGUAAACCAAGUCUCUACUCUUUGAAAAAUGUACCAGAGCACUUAGCUAAAUUGUUUAAAAUAGAGGGAGGUAAAGGCAAAUGCAACUUAAAUUCAGGCUAUGCUUUCGAGUAUGAAUCGUUGAGGAGAGAAUUAUCAAAACCCAAGUCAGAUGCAGUCUCCCUGUUGUCCCAUUUGUGGCUGGCAAACACAGCCGCAGCCCUGAGAAUAAAUACAGAUUUGCUGCCCACCAGCUACCAGCUGAUCAAGUUUGAAGAUAUCGUACAUUUUCCUCAGAAAACCACUGAAAGGAUUUUUGCCUUUCUUGGAAUACCUUUGUCUCCUGCUAGUUUAAACCAAAUAUUAUUCGCCACCUCCACAAACCUUUUCUAUCUUCCCUAUGAAGGGGAAAUAUCGCCAACUAAUACUAAUGUUUGGAAACAAAACUUGCCUAGAGAUGAAAUUAAGCUGAUUGAGAACAUCUGCUGGACACUGAUGGAGCGUCUAGGAUACCCAAAGUUUACGGACUAAAUGCUGCAGGUCGGCAGAAAUUUGCACUAAUCCUUUGCAGCCCGGUUUGUGGAUGUGAAGAGUUUGUUUAUUCUUGUACUUAGUGUGUGUGUGCGCGCCUGCGUGAGCGUGUUCAGUUUGUUACUUGCACAGAGAUUAUUUUAAAACUAGGCACCGUAUUUGGCCUAGGAGGAUUAUUUUUAUGUCACUACUUUCCUUGCCUUUGUUUCUGAAUUUUUUUUUUUUUUUUUUCUGCUGAAAUGUUCCUGCUAAAGGCAUGGAUGAGGUUAUAUGAUGGCGGUCAGGGGAGGUGAGAAGAUUUUACAGGUCUUUGUCCAGCCGUCUCCCUCAUCUGUAACUGUGCUGAUCUAUCGUGGAACCUCAAAUACUGCUAAAGGCCUUUCAAUUGCUGCUUUGCCCAAGCAUCUCUUGCUUUCAAGAUGGACUACAAAAGUUCCUUAUCUUUUUUAAAAGAUAUUCUAACACAUUUUUCUUGCACCAAAAAAAAAAAAAAAAAAAAAAAAAUUUUUUUUUUUUUCCUGUGUAUAAUGUUCAGUGAUAUCACUGGGGAAAUGGUGAGAGCUCCUAUCA